AUGGCAAACUCCAAUGUAGAGUACCGCCAGCUCGGCAAGUCAGGCCUCAGAGUCUCAGUUCCAAUCAUGGGCUGCAUGUCCUUCGGAUCUGAAGAGCAAUGGGGCGUGCGUAAAACGUUAGCAUAUUACUUGAAGAAACUAUUUCUCUUAUCACCUCCACUCCAGCCUUGGAUUCUUAACGAGGACGCGUCUCUUGAGAUCUUGAAAGCGGCCUGGGAUCAAGGUAUCAACACGUUUGAUACCGCAAAUGUGUACUCCAAUGGCGAGUCCGAGCGCGUCCUUGGGACUUUCAUCAAGAAGUACAACAUUCCUCGUUCCCAGGUCGUCCUUGCCACGAAGGUAUUCAGCCUCGUGUCCGAGGACCCUGGCGUCCACACCUACCUCAUUCCAGAUCUGUCAAAACAGCGGCGCUACGUCAACCAGGGCGGUCUCUCACGGACUGCCAUCUUCAACGCCGUUGAAGGAUGCCUCGAACGCCUCGGUACCUCGUACAUCGAUCUCCUGCAGAUCCACCGCUUCGACCCCGAAGUACCCCCAGAAGAAACAAUGAAAGCACUACACGAUAUCGUCCAGAGCGGAAAGGCUCGCUACAUCGGGGCCAGCUCCAUGCGCUGCUGGCAAUUUGCGCUUCUAAACGAAGUCGCCGAGAAGCACGGCUGGACCAAGUUUGUCAGCAUGCAAGACGAGCAUUCUCUGCUGUACCGGGAGGGGGAGCGCGAAAUGCACGCGUACUGCAAGUACCAUGGAAUCGGUCUCAUCCCGUGGUCACCACUUGCGGCUGGCGCCCUCGCGCGUCUUCCUGGUGCUAGAACGACGAGAAGCAAAGCGCUCGAGCAAACCCCCUUCAAAAUGGUAUACUCGGAUGCCGAUACGGCGAUCGUCAACCGCGUCAACGAGCUCGCGCAAAAGAAAGGAUGGAAGAUGUCGCAGGUCGCCCUGGCGUGGAGCCAGGCUAAGGUGACGAGCCCCAUCGUAGGCGCAAACUCCGUUUCCCGUGUUCAGGAGAGCGUCAUCAGGGAAUUCACGUUGACCCCGGAGGAAAUCAGCUACUUGGAAGAGCCGUAUGUUGCGAAAGCAGUUCGCGUGUGA